AUGGUUGUCCCCCCUCCUGAUCCGGCUGAUCCAUGUCAAUUGUUUCAUGCUUUCGACGAGGUAAUAAAAACAUCUGCCAACUCCUAUUCAGCUCUAAUAGAGCUUCGAAAUCGUGCUUUUUAUGUAGUUGAUGCUGCCGAGGCUAGGAAUG